AUGCUCCCGAAGGGCGACGCGCCAGGAAAUGGCAAAGAUACCGCCACCUCCACACCGAGCAAAGAACAUUCACGUCUAACGUCAUCACUGUUUUCGAUUACGGAUGUUUUCAAGGAUACCAUUGGUCGAGAUGGCUCCAAGACAGUGAAGUUCCCAGAGAAGCUGCUCAAGGCGCUCGACCAGAAGAUGCAGAACAUCGCUAUGCUCAAGGAUCCCGGAUACACGGACCAGCUGCUUCGCAGGACUAUCGCCGUAUUCUGGGGCUCUUUGAAGGAUGAAACCUUCUACAGGCAGAUGAAAGAGAACCGAAAGAUCGAGGAGCUCAUUCUUCAUUUCGUGACAACUGCCACAGGAAUUCUACGGAAGGAUCAAACCCUCGCACCCGACGCGUGGAAGGAGCAGCUGAACAACCAGAUUGGGCAGUUCAUCCACAUUCUGCGAGAAUGCUUACGAACGGUCAGCAACGUCAACCCUGAGUUGACGCAGCGGCUCGAUAUGUACGCGGAGAAGAUUGGGUCUCCUCCUACUCAAUCAGGGGCAGACGGGAAGGAGAGUGGUCAUUCGCAUAGCCAGAGUCAGAGCGGUAGUGGGGCGUGGAGCACGCAGUACUCCCAUUCGGUGGCGGAUAUGCCGCUCGUGAAGACGGUCGGUCGUCUCUUUCGCAAGAGCGACCAGGAUGUUCAGAAGGAUAUCAACGCACUGCGCAGGGUAUGCACAGAAAAGGCAGCAUUGACGGACCUGAAGACUUGCCUAAAGAACAUCAACAUGAACAUGCCAUUCCCCGGACGCAGAGACGACUUCGAUAGCGAGGAAGCAUUUCAUCAUUGGAAGACAACAGAACUCUCCCAGCUAUCACAGCUUAUGGUCAUCAUGGUUCAGUUCAAUCCCGAGCUAGCAAAAUCCACGCCUUCUGAAAUCUUACCAUCUGUCCCGGAACAGUCUCGUCCUAAUUCCCUCUACGUAUCAAGCUCAUCACCUUCCGAUUCCUAUGCCUCUCCAGCCUCCCGUCAUGGUAGUGUUAGCAGCCGAUACUCCAUUGGUGGCAACCUUGGUAUGAACCCCGAAGCUGCGGCCGACGCCCUUGAAGCGGAUGAUGAAACACCGUCCGGCCAUAAUUUCACGUAUAUCCCUCCAAAUCCAAAGCGGUACUACAAGCGAUUGCUGGAAUUAUGCUUGCAGUACGACCUCGAAGCAAUGAGCGAACUGCCGGAGGACCAAGAAGUUUCAUUAGGCAUUCUUAGCCCACGACACCUUGAAGUUAUCAAUGAGUGUGCCGUUCGGUGGCGCAUUCACCAGAGCUAUCGCGUAACCAGCUUUCUUGAUAUCAUCCGAUACAAGUUCGAGCGGGAGGAGGUACCUCUUGAUUGUGUACCUGAAGCGUUGGCAAUGGUUGAUAAAGCUGGUCUUGAGACACCUCCGACAAACUGGAUGAGCCAAGAUGCGGAAUAUCUCGCCUCUGUGUACGGCAAUCUGUUCAACCUCUUCCUCGGAUCUCUCUACCAUACUCUGGAUGACAUACCAGCUCUCAAGAUAGACACUGUCGCUCCAUAUCUGACAGUGCUGGAAGCUAUCCAGGAAAGCACUUUGAUUGAACGCUACAACCUGGACAUUCGUGCAAGGGUCUCGGAUAUUGUGGAACGAGUCAAGGCGAUUUCAGCGCACAGGUAUACCGAGAAGAUGAACGAGUUGUCGCCCCAAGCGGGUGUUAAUCGAGCCAUGCCGUUACUGUUUAUCCUGGAUUGGAUGGACAAAAACACCAAAGUUCUGAACAAGCGGUUCCCCCAGGCGCUACUUGGGCAAAUCGAUAUCGUCGCUCUAAUGUUGGAGGCUCAGACGCCUAUGUUCUUGACAGAUUUGGAGGGUAUGCGACGUCGACUAUACGAGGGGGCUCAGAAUCAACCAACUCCGGACGUGCCGCUUGAAGAUAUGUUUGAGCUGUUCAAACGCUCCCGGGUGUGCUUGGAUCGAUAUGAGGUCUUCUGCGAAGACAUACCUCUUGAGUUCGACCUUGCUAAUUACUUCGAGCCUUACGUCCGACUAUGGCUCGUAGCAACGGAUACGAAAGCGAUCCAGUGGGUGCACUCCGCGAUCACAGUGGACAAAUUCGAGCCCGUGGGAGCAGAAGGUCACAGUUCUUCAAUCGUGGAUCUGUUCGAUUCUUUGAAGAGCGCAUUGGACUUUCUUCUGGACCUUGACUGGCCUGAUGAGUAUCAGAAAGCCAGAUUCCUUACGGCACUGGCCAAGAGCAUCAACAAAUGUAUUGAGCAAUACUGCAGCACGCUCGAGCAGAUGUUUAUGGAAGAGAUGUUCCCUCGUCCUUCUCCAGAAGUUGCUGCUGCCACCGCCGCAAAGCAGAAUGCGUGGCUAGAAAAAGCAAAGGCUACAGUUGCCACCUUCCAGGGAGAGAAAAAAGUCGAACCUUUCAAUUUCCAGCCUGCUUCUUGCGUACGAUUGAACAAUGUGGAAGCGGCCCGUGGUCUGUUAGAUCAGAUCUAUGUCAAGAUCGAUGCAGACAAAGUGGCGGAAACCGUGAAAAGGUUAGCACCUCCCGUCCCCGAGAAGACCGACCGGCUUGGCUUCCUAUUCACUGUCAAGGUAGUCGAAGCAGAACGGCUUGUUCCGACAGAAGCCAGUGCCACCGCCAAACUCGAUACCUUUGUUACUCUGAGUGAUGAGCGUGGCAUGCGCCUUGCCAAAACUCGGACCAUCUAUGAGUCUUUACAACCUCAGUGGGACGAAACUUUCGAUAUCACGGUUCGUGAUCAACCCCUUUGGCUGAUGGCAAGCAUACGAGAUCGGGCUCUUAUUGGCAAGCACGAUACAGUCGGUCGGUCGUAUAUUUGUCUAGAUCCGCGAAGAUUUGGCGACUUCUUAUCCCAUGAGGUUUAUUUAGAUCUCGACACUGGCGGUCGCCUGCACCUGAGAGUCAGCAUGGAAGGCGAGAAGGACGACAUUGAAUUCUACUUCGGCCGAGCAUUUCGGUCUCUUAAACGCACGACGAGCGACAUGGCUCGCGUUUUCGUCGACAAGAUGGCCCCAUUCAUUAGGCAGUCCUUGUCCAGAGAUCUCUUGCGUUCACUUGUGCGACCUGGUGGUGCUGGUGCUCUCGCAUUGGAACGAAUCAACUACAAGCAGGCUCUGGGCGGAAUGCAGGCAUUUUACCGGUCUGCCAUUGGCGGCGCUUCCGAAGAGCCGCUCAUACCCCUCCCCGCUAGCGAACGUCCACGUUUCAGACCAGAGGCGUUAUCAGACGCUGACAUAGAACAAGUGAUAUCACCCUUGUUUGAAUACUUCGAAGCCAACCUUCAAAUCCUCAACACUUUCUUAACCGAAAUCACCAAAGAAAUGGUCAUGAAGAGGAUAUGGAAAGAAAUUCUAUCUAUCAUAGAAGGAUUGCUCAUUCCUCCCUUGUCGGACGCGCCGUCCGACAUGAAGGCCUUAACUGAUAAGGAGGUGGAUGUCGUGUUCAAGUGGUUGAAGUUCCUGAAUAAUUACUUCUAUGCCGAAGGCGAUGGGCUUCCCAUAGAACUGCUACAGAAUCAACGUUAUCGAGAUAUCAUGUCGAUCAGAUUGUAUUAUGACUGGGACACCGAUACCCUGAUGGAAGAAUGUGUUCGCAUGAUGAACCAACGUCUUCGGGUAGCCCCGUCCCUGCGCAAGCGGGGCAAGAGCGUGUAUCAACAGAAGAAUCUUGGUACCAUCCGCAAGCGCAAGAAGGAAAAGCGGGAGGAAAAGAAACAGGAUGGAUCAGGUGGCGAGACCAUCCUGCGAAUUCUGCGUAUGCGACCCAACAGCAGAGACUUCAUCGCGCAACAAAUGCAGUUCAUCCAUCAAGUGCAAGGUGAAGUUGAAGAAGUCGAUUCCCGAGGUGGCCACCGGCGCGACUCUUCGAUGGGACUGAGACUACCUCCGAUGCAAGAGAUGAAGGAGCAUUAA